AUUACACAGGAAACAAAUUGUGUGAAGAAAACACUUGGCUGAAGAUAUAGAAGACAGAAGAAGAAGUCCAAAUAUCUCCAAGAGAUGUCACCUCAACCAACCUCGAUUUUUAAUAUCAGUGAAAUCAAUGGAACAACUCACCAAUUGUCCUCUUCAGCUCUCAACCUAACAUCAGCCAUAUUCUUAUUUUUGACAUUUGCUUUUGGACUUGUGGUGAACACUUUGUAUCUCUGGGUGCUUUGUUUCAGGAUGAUCAAAACAAUCACAACCACCUUGUUCUUCCACCUAAUUUUGGCCAACCUCAUGGUUACCUUUGUAUUUCCCUUUGUAGCAGUCUAUUUUAUUAUGGAAUCACAAUGGGUGUUUGGCUCCUUCCUUUGCAAGGUCAUUAACUCAUUUGUGUCACUAGGCAUGUACGUGGCUGUGUUUCUCCUGACCUUGAUUAGUGUGGAUCGUUACUGCUUGGUCUUUCACCCACAUGCAUACAAAAGGUACAUAAACCCCCGUUUUGCUUCCAUUACAUGCCUUCUGUUUUGGUUUUUGGCUUUCGGCCUUACAAGUCCAUACUUGGUUUUCCGUAAAGUUAAAUAUGAGGACAACAUUACCACCUGCUACAAUGAUUACACUCUCUCAGGAAAAUUGCAUGAGAAGAAUGUGAAGUGGGUCUUGUUCAGCAUUCGUCUUUCCAUGGGCUUUUUGAUUCCUUUCUCCAUUAUUACAUUUUGUUAUGUAAAAAUAUUCAUCAAGAUGAAGAGAGAACGUCUCACCAGGUCUAACAGACCUUAUAGAAUUAUCUUAACUGCUAUUCUAUCGUUUUUCAUCUCCUGGACACCUUACCAUAUCUGGUACGGUAUGAGCGCUGAGAAGGAUACAUUUAAACAGAGUGUAUUGAGAUCACUGCAAUUAUUAUCAAUAUGUCUGGCCUGCAUCAACAGUUGCUUUACUCCAGUUCUUUACUUGUUUAUUGUGGAGAGUUUCAAAAACAUAUUCAAGAAAUCUAUCCUGGCCAUCAUUGAGCUAGUGGUCAAUGAAACGUUCACCUCAACGAAUCCUCCCAACUAACCCAACUGCUUGUAGCUAACCCAACUGCUAUCAUGUCCUAUUAGCCAACCACAAGGUCAUGUCCUGUCAGCCAAAGUUACUCUAGUGUCAUCUGUACAUGACUACAGCCAACUAUAGCUCUACUAGAACUGAUGAGGAGCAAUAACUCUAUUUGUGGGGCAUUGAGAGACUAGAGAGACAAUUUUCUGACUUCUUCAGUAGAACUUUAGUUCAGAUUUUUACCAAAAAGUACUGCAAUAAGAAGUUCCUACUAGCUGGAUUUCCACAACCAGUACCUUCCCAGAUCUAUUCCUGGCUAUGAUUAUCAGUGAAAGUUGUCAUCCUUUAGAUGCUAAUAUUUGCAGUCAUCAUCCUAACCAAUGCUGUGUCCUCAUAUUUUAGUGAUCGCAAAUAUUUGGAGAACAUAUUCAAGUCU